GUCCGUUGAACAGCUAGCAUAGCUGCGUAAGAAAAGCUGUAUUUCGUAGACGAUAAAACAGGAGUGUCCUCCCAGAAAUGAGUGACAAAAUCUCAAGGGUGUGACUGUUCAGCUGUGAUCUCUGAGCAGAGGCCCGCCUUAGCCGAAGCCACCAUGCAUCCCUUUGGCCGUGAAGCUGAGGCCUCUCUCCAAGACCUCUUUGAGUUCUUCAAGAGGUGCCUGCAGCACGGAGAGUGGCAGCUGGGGAGCGCCUGUGUUCCACAGCUGGCUAACUCACCAGGAGGACAUUCAGAAAAGCUGCGAGAGAUAAUCAAAGCUAUUAUCUGUCAUCCUUACAGUUUAAAAUGGGGUUCUGUUGGCAGUCCACACAAACUGGCUUGGUUUUGGCUGCAGGUCUUGGAGAAAUGGACUCAAGAUCAGAUUUCUCCUCACAUCAAACGCGAGCUGGAAUUUCUGCUCCUCCUGGAGGAACUGGGGUCACAGGGCAUUCCAGAGACUGAUCUUAAGGAAUUACAUCAGGCUUUCUUAGCAUCCCAGUCUCAGGAAAGGACAUCCCUUGCCACUGUUGAGUCGUGCCUUCAGACCCUACUGGAGAAGAAGAAACCAAGGCUUGCUCAGACUUUAGCACAUUUCUUACAGGAUCCGUCGAGCACUGAAGGCCAUACUCUGCAGCACAAAUUCAUCCAACACUUGAUGAGGAAGCUUGGAAAGCCUGAAGGAAGACCAGAGAAGGUGGAGCAGUGGGUGGAAGAAAUUUAUUCUGUCCUGGCUCUCAUGCCGUGGAGCUCUCAUAAAAGCGCACCCCAGCUAGAGGCGCUGUGCGAGGCGCUGUGGUCAGCCAGAGGCGGUCCUCUGAAAGAGGAGAGGAUUCUCAGCUGCUUGCUUCGACCUCGGUGUGACACUCUUAUUACGGUGUACUGCUCCACCGCUUUGAGGCUGCAGAGAGACCACCUGCUGAGAAAUGCACCUGAAACGCAAGUGGACCUACCUGAAGCUGAGAAGCUUGCCCUCAGUUUGUGUUGCCACAGUGAUCGUCCUUCUGCUUGGAGGACCAUCUUUUUUGAGUGCCUCAGCAGUGGGAAGCAUUUCCUUGAACAAGUUCUGGUUACUGGACUUGACCUGAUAAAACACGAGGAGUUUAGUAGGCUGAAAGAUCUACUGCAACUGGAGUUUAGGCCCCUGUCUCGUCUGCUGCUGCUGCUGGGAUGGACUCAGUGUCGCAGCCUCAGUUCUGCUCAAACGCUUGUUAACAUCCUUCACAAUGAACAGAGUUCAGCCAAUGACUCUAUUCUUCAGGGCUUUUGUAAUCUUUUGUCCUCCCAACUUGGAAUUAUUGAGUGGUGCAAAAACAACAAUCCAGGGAUAUCCAUGGAGGCCCUGCAAGCACAGCUACAGACUCUGGACAGUCACUCAGCUCUUUAUAUCCUGCAUUCCUUGACUCCUUUGGCUGAAUAUGAAGAACGCAGGAUAUUGGAUCUACUACAACAACUACCAAAUUCACCUGAAACAGAAAAUGUAGUUGGUCAAAGUGGCAGUGUGCAGAGGAACAUUGUUUUGUUCCAGGGGUUCUGUGCCAUGAAGUAUGCAAUUUACGCUCUCUGUGUUAACUUUCAUAAAUACUCAAAUUGUGCCGAGGGUAAGUCCAUGUUGCAUCACCAACCCACAGAAGCUGAAUUGGACACAAACAAAACCUCAGCUUCCUCAGAAGGUUGCCAUUACAUGUUCCAGCACUAUUUAUCAGAGUGUCAGCUGUACCUGGAGACCGUACCUGCCAUGUUCCGCCUGGAGCUCCUGGAGAACAUCUUCUCCCUUCUCUUUCUGUCCACCUCUGACUUUGUCCAACACAUACAAAAAGACCCAAACUCGGACCCAAACACAGGACACGAUACGCACCCAGAAUGCUUGUCGAUUCCAGCAGAUAAAAACGUGGAAGCAGGGAAGUCCAGUUCGGAUGAGACUGAACACAGAAGCCAGGAAAACCUGAAGCCUCGCUCAUGUUCAGCAGCAGCUUAUGUUGGGCACCUGGACCUAAGCCACUUCCUUCAUGGCUGCAGAGGGUUUCUGGUGGAUGUUACUGCAAUGGAGGGGAUUUUAAAGCUGCUGAAAGAAGGGUUGGAGGGCAUGUGUGUGGUGGGUGAGCAGGAGGGACAGGAGACGGGAAGAGCGCUGCCUCGAGAGGCCGAGGCGGUGGCAAGUCUUGGCUGCUCUGUGACAGCUGAGACAUUUGGAGCCCGUUUGCAGAGGUUAUCUAAACGCACUGCAGAGGCUCAGUGGAGGCUGCAAAUCAUCACCAGCAACCAGACCACGGCAGACGGUUCGGAAAGUCCAAUGCAGAUGUCAGCAUAUAGCUCUACUGUUGCUUCUCUGGGAUGCAGCAAACGGUCAAGUUUGAGGAAAAGAAAGAAACCAGCAAGACAUGCUGCCGAGAGACAAACCUCCGUAGAGAAGCAAAAUGGAGAAGUUAGCACAAGUGCAUCAGAUGGUGGUGGAGGGCCAGUGGCACGUUGUGUGGAGCUGGAGCUUUGUCCAUGUGGAGGUCCUCACAGCUGGUUGGUCCCUGCCAUGUUGUCUCCUCCAGAAUCUCUGCUGAUGUCCUGCAUCCGCCGGGGAAACUUCAUGCAGGCGCAUCAGGUGUCUUUAGUUUUUGACCUGGAGGGGGCUGCCUGUUUCGGAGAGCUGGCCUUCAUGGAGCGCUACAAAGAAGUUCUGGUGGAGUUAGGACAGGUGGAGCUGAAAAUGGAAUGUCAGUCUAUGUCUUCCUCGUCAUCUUCCUCUGAGGGCUUGGGGUUAGCAGCUGUUCCAGGUGCAGGGAGGAGUCGGGUAGGCAGCAGUGGCCGGUCAACGCUGCAGGCCAUUGGUAGUGCCGCCGCAGCAGGAGUUGCUUUUUAUUCCAUCUCGGACAUCGCAGACAGUCUCCUCAGCAUCCCUGCUCAUCCACUGUCCUCCCUGGAGGAAGGUUACUGGAUGAGCUGCUCCCCUUCUGAUUCUUCCAGCCUUUUGAACACACUACUCGAGGAGCUCAGCCCAGCAGCAAUGGCUGCGUUCGACCUCGCUUGUUGCCACUGUCAGCUCUGGAAGACAUCUCGACAGCUGCUAGACACUGCAGAGCGCAGGCUCACCAGCAGCCUUGAAAUUCGAGGAAUAAGAAUUGACUGUAAAGUGCCUCAUUCUGAGGGGAUCCGUGGAUUUCCCAUGGUCUUACAGCAGAUCAACAAGAUCCUGAAUCAUUCAGCCACUCUUAAGGCCUCUGUGAAAACAGAUGCUGUCGGGGAUGAACAACCGUUUUCCUUUCCAUUCGGCUGCUGCAUCCAGGAAGUGCUUCUUUCUUGCCACCCAACACUGAGUGAAGAGAGCAUUGCGGCCAGGCUCAAUCUGACCCAACGUCUGGAGAACCCGCUGCAGAUUUUGAGUAGCGCUACAGACGACACAGAGGGCAGCGUGGGCAGCGGCGUUCUGACUCUCCUGGUUGAACAGGCCAAUCUAAAGCAGGCGGAGCUGGACGCUCACCCUGUGCGCUCCAGCAUGAAGCAGCUGCUUCGCUCUCUGGACCAACUCUGCCCCUUUGAGCCAGAUGGAGACCUUGCCAGACCAGAUUAUGUGCGCAGUUUCCUUGACUACGUCAACACACUAGCCUCUGUGUUGGUGCGAAGCCUCUCUUCGGAAGACCACAGCAGUCAAGUGAAGCUUGGGAAUCCACUCCUGGUGUUGCUUCAAACCCCGUUUCAACUUGUCUCCCACCUGCUGUUUGACAAACAGGUCUCUCCUGACAGAGUUCUGUCAGUGCUGCAGCAGGAGGGUCUACGGCUGAGCGUCCAGCAGGUCAUUGUCCAGAGAUGCUGUGAGGUUCUGCCUGUGUGGAGCUCAUGUCCAGGUGAUGAAAGAGAUUCCAUUCGGGGCAAGAAAGCUGAUGGAGCCUUCAGUGUCGACAAUUUGUUUCUCCUGCUUCAAACACACGCUCAGGGUUAUCAGACGGCACUAGGAAUUAUUGAACCUCUGUCUGAUGUCAGCUCUGAGUCCGAGGCCUCUGCAGAUGACCCAUCCUCUUCACCCAUUCAGCUCUCCACUUCUCCACCAUCUCAUUCAUCUACCUCGUCAUCUUCUUCCACCUCAUCUUCCUCAAACAGCUUUCUUCUCACCGCAUCAGCCCUGUCUUUCCUAAGGUCUCGCUCCCCUCUUCUGGCCUUGCUGGCAUGUUUAAGUGUCUGUAAAGGAGAAACUACCCGCAUAAAAUCCUCUGGAAUAUCUGGAUAUUUUCGCAGCGGGCGUAAGGAGGCUUUCCUUGAUUGUGAGCAGAUAUCUCAGGAGGCUGAUGGCCUCCUUAGGGAAUUCCCUAUUCUGAGUGCUUACCUUCACACUAUGGUGGAACCUGUGCUGGGGACCACAUUAGGCGAAGGGGAGGAAAGCUCUGUUGGGUUUGGGGGAGCCAUCUGUGGGAAACCACUUGCAAGUCUUGUGCUUUCUGGGCCUCAAGAAGAGGUGACUCAGGCUCUGGCUGCUGAGGCCUUUAAAAAUGCUCUUGAGUCCAAAGACCUGGCCCGAGCCCUCAGGCUGCUGGAGCUGUAUGGGCAGAAAGGCAGCCAGGAGAGGGAGCUAAGAGACCACCUACUUGUCUGUGCUGCUUUAGAAGAAGAAACUGAAGGCGUUGGUCAGCUGUUCCGGGUGCAGGACGCUAACCUGCGAGCCCGUGUUGCCCUCCAGGCCUUGGAGCGGUGGCCUCUGUCUGCCUGUCUGGAGCUGAUUGACUUCUGCCUACAUGACCCCGACACAAAAAACUCACUGCAAACCGAGCUUGUGCUCAAGCAGAAGGAAUUGGGCAUCUACCGCUGGAUGAUGAAUUUGCAGCCGUCCUUGCCCUGGAAAACUUGGCAGGAAUUGAGAACGGAAUCCAAGACAAACCCUGAGUCAAUGCUGUCUAUGAUCCUGGAGGCAAAAGAAUUUUCUCUUUGUAAACAGUGGGUAGAGCUUUAUCCUGUCUCUGACCAGCUGAAGUUGCAGCUGCAGACUGAACAUUUGCUCCAUCUGCUGGAAACGGAACAGACUGAUGAGGCUUUUCAGCUACUUGAAAGCAUCUCAGAUGUUGCGGUGGGCCUUGAUGUUUGCGAGCACGCUCUGGAUCGACGCCCUGGAUUGGCAGCUUGCCACUUUCUGGCUGACUACCUCACCCUUCAUUUCCAGAGACAGGUGUCUCCAGCCCGUCGUCGCCACAUCCACGCACUUCAUUUGGGCUCUAAGGUGCUGCUGACUCUCCCACCGGCCUCCAGGCAGGACUAUUUCCCUCUGCUUUCAGAACCCAUGCUAAUGCUCGAGCAGCUGCUGAUGAAUCUGAAGGUGGAGUGGGCAGAGGUGGCGGUGCAAACACUGCAGAGUCUAUUGGUUGGUCAGGAGACUGGCUUUAGUGCAGAGGACAUAGAUAAACUUCUGGCAGACUACGCCUGCAAGGCCCUGGACUUCUCAUGUGCCCCCAAAGAGAGGUCUCGUUCAGACUCAGUCAUCAGCCUUCAGGAUGUGCUGAUACAGUGCCCUGCUCAAGAGCUCAGCUCUCAAUCGUUCAGCCAAAUCGAAUCUCCAGCUUCUUCCACAAACAGCACCCCUACACACACCCUGUCUGGAAACAGCUCAGAGAGGAAAAAGGAUCGAGGAUCAGCAGAGCGAAGUCAGCGCUUAUCUGCCAAGUUCCAGCCUCCAGAUCAGCCCCCGGCCCAGAAGGACUGGGUCCCUGACACCCAGCAUGACAUGUGCAUGGUCUGCCGGCGGGAGAGGUUCACUAUGUUUAACAGACGACAUCACUGUCGUAGAUGUGGCCGCCUAGUAUGCAGCACUUGUUCAGAGCGGAAGAUGCUGGUUGAUGGGUGUCCAGGAGAGGAAGUCAGAGUCUGUGAUGAUUGUUACGUUUACUUUCACCCAGAUUCUGAUGAUGAGUCUGAGUCUGCUGAAAUUAUUGGAAGCCCUGUCGUCUCUCAAGACGCUCUGGAUGGGAUGUUGCAUCUGCCCGAAGUCGUCCAUCGACAGUUCCGUCUGAGCACAAACCCUGCUGAGAACCAACUGCUGCGGAACGAGUUCUAUUACGAACAGGCUCCCAGUGCACACCUCUGCGUGGCCAUUUUGUCUCUGCACAGCGACCAAGCUGUCUGCGGUCACCAACUCAUCGACCACUGCCGCUCUCUGUCCCGUAAACUGACCAACCCGGAGGUGGACGCCUGCCUCCUCACUGGCAUCAUGCGCCAGCUACUUUUCAGCGCCAAGCUAAUGUUUGUUAAAGUCGGUCAAAGCCAGGAUCUCCCUUUAUGUGACAGUUACAUCAGCAAAGUAGACGUGCUGAAGAUUUUGGUGUUGGCCAAUUACAAAUAUAUUCCCUCUCUGGAUGACAUCCUGGAGACGACCGCUGUCACACGUCUGCGCAAUCAGCUGCUGGAGGCCGAAUAUUACCAGCUAGCGGUGGAGGUGUCAACAAAGAGCGGCCUCGACCCUGGGGGCGUGUGGCAGGCGUGGGCUCUGGCAUCUCUGAAGGCGGGAAACCUUUCAGGAGCAAGGGAGAAGUUUGCCCGCUGCCUGAAGGCUCCAGUAGACCGAAACCAGCUCAAUCUGGGUCCCCCUCUAUUGCAGGAGAUUGUCAAUCACCUUGAGACCACUGUACGGCCCACUUUCACCACGUCUUACGGUGAAGACAUUUUGGCAUCGCUUCGAGAGCUGGAAGACGCUCUAAACGAGGUGAGUCCAGCAGAGCGACCAGAGGUACCGACUCAGAACAGCUACCUCCACCAGGAGUGUCUCUAUUAUUUGACAACAUAUGGCCCUCACAAUGCUGUCAUCAGCUUCUAUAUGCGCCAUAACUGUGAAACGGAGGCCCUGACAUAUCUUUUAAACAAGGAGUGUCCUGAGGAGGUGUUUCUAGAAGGGGUGUUGCAGCCCUGUCUGGAACGAGGACAUUUAAGCAAGCUGCAGGGCAUUAUGGUAAAACUGGACCCCAGCCUUGACUCGUGCAGCCGCUACCUGAUGGCUUCGUGCCAGUUCCUGCAGCGGAAGGGAUACUAUCACUGUUUGUACCAGCUGCAGAACUUUAUGACGGACCACAUCCGCGCUGCCAUGACCUGCAUUCGAUUCUUCACACACGGAGCCACCUCAUACGUACAGCUGGGAGAGCAGCAGCGCUGGCUGGCCAGAGCCAAAGAACACCUGAAGACGUACCUGCAGGAGCAGCAAGGUCGAGGAGCAGGGAGGAGGAAACCAUCUGUCAACUCUUUUAGAAAGACAAUGUCAUCCAGCGAUGUGUCCAGGCACAUGAAUACAAUCGAAAUCCAGCUGGAAGUGACUCGUUUCCUGCAUCGCUGUGAGACGGCGACGUCCUCCAGUACCCCACAGGCCAGCAAGCCUAUCUCCAAGUCGUUUGGAUCUAGUUCACCACCAACGCUGUUUGGUGGAAGCCCUGUGAAGAUUGAGGUCGCCUGCAAGGUGAUGCUUGGGGGAAAAAACAUAGAGGAAGGGUUUGGCAUUGCUUACAGAGUCAUACAAGACUUUCAGCUGGAGGCCCAGGCUGUCUACAUCCGGGCUGGCCACCGACUUGUCCGACAGAGGCAGUAUGGAGCUGUGAAGCAGCUCCUCAAAUGCGUGGGCGAGUCAGGCACCGCCACCAAGAACGACUGCGAUGCCCUCAUCCUCAGCUGUCUCUCUGUUGCAGAUAAGGGACCUUCUGAUGCCAAGGAACUGGAAAGCCUCAUUAUGGAGAUAAAGAGCAUAGAAACAAAGAUCAAAGCCUACCUGGCGUGCGGUAAACUGAGGCCAGCGUACCUGCUGGCAGUAAAGCUGGACCCCAGCCGGGCGGGCCCGUUGGUCCAGGACGUCCUACAAGCAGCUGAAGGCGCACAUGACUCUGUGAUGCAGAACAUCUGUUGCCAGUGGCUCUCUGAACACAACAAAACCCCUAUGCAGCGUCAGAGCCGACCCACCCCAAGGUAAAGGCACAGCCCUAGUAGCAAAGGAAAAGUGACUGGACUUGAAGAAAAAGGAGCCGCACAAGACGUUUGAGCAUGAAUUUUCAUAUUAUUGGACACACAAAUGAUUUGCACAUUAUGUAUUUGAAACACAGCAACCGUCUCUCCCCCCCACCCCCCAUCAUCUGCUUAUUUAAAUCUCCUAAAACUCCUAAUAGUGCAGCAGUUUUGUCCUAAAACAGUUCUCCACCGGCACCUUGUCUGCUGGCCUGGCACCACUUAAGGGAAAUUCAUCUGACUUCAGCUUCCUGUAGAACCACAAACAAAAUGCUUAGAUUUACUGUAGCAAAUAAGUACUUUCAUUUGAAAAACUAUGGUUCCCCUGCAAAUGAAGAGAACACAUCUGUGCAUCAUGUUGACAUUAUGCAGUAAUUAUGCACUAAUUGUACUUUCUAAUACGAACAUAAAUGAUUGUUGUUGGAUUUACUAACAUUUUACACAAAAUCGUAGUAUCUUUUUCUCACAUGUGAAACAAAAAUAAUCAAAUUUUACAGCUCAAAAAGUGUGCUAGUGAGUUAGCAGGAAAAUUAGAAAGACUCCAGGUUUGACAGAUCUCGAGUGUGCUGACAGUAGACCUUUGUGUCACUCAAGUAGCGCCCCUUCCCUUACAAAAUCUGUGAAUCACCACUGUGCUUUAUGCUGAUUCUGGAAAGACGGCAUCACUUCAGAUCAGUACAAUACCUAAAAAGGGAGGAAUGAAGAUCACUAUGAUGGUGAACACACCCUGUCUUGUGUUGGUGUGUUUGUUUCCUACCUCAGCCUAAAGGGGAAAAAAAAAAAACUUUCAAAAACUGACUUGAGGUCCUUUGAUAAAUGUAACUUGUAUUUUCCUGUUUUGUGUCUUUAAUGUCUCUGUGUGUUUAGUUUUUCCCACUUAUAAUCUAAUGUUCUUGGUCAAAAUGUUACCUAACAGCAGGCAUUGCUUUUUGUUAGUUUUUUGCUGUUGUGAUCCCAGUGUUUUAGUUUACCUGUACAGAACAUGUGGAAGCCAGUUUUCAGUGACUGUUCCUUUUUAAAAGGAUAGUGCAGGAUUUUUCAAGCGAGAUUUUGUGAAAAGGUUAUAAGGGGGUAAUAUCUUACCUGCAGCAGAUCACUUUUGUCGUCUAGAUUAGCUGGACGUGGAGGUUAAAGCUAACAGCUAACCUGAGGGGAAAGCAUCAACGCAGACUUCUACCAUCUUAAAACUACUCCCAUGUCAAAAACCUCGUAAUGGUUAUUUGAACAAUGAUUUAUGGACCUUUAAACUGUUGUCAAAUUUGUAUUUAGUAGUUUACACAGUAUGUGGAGGAAGGAAGCCAACUUCCAUUUCUAGUAAAAAUAAUAAUAUGCUUCACUUUAAAUAACCACCCAAUGCAAAUGGGUUUAUAAAAUAAUGCUUCUUUAAAGGGAUAGUUUACAUCUUGUAAGGUGAUGCUAUAUAAAGUUUUCAGUAAUGGUUACCUUAAUUGCAGUAGACAGAUGUCGCAUUCCAGUGAGUUUGUAGAAAACAUUAUAAAUCAUUAUAAAGAGUUAUUAACUGCAGGUAACAUUUUAAUGGUUUAUAAUCUUUUAACAGAACCUCGCCUUAAAAAUCUCAAACUAUCCUUUUUAAAAGGAGAUGUAAGAUAAUUUAUCUUAAAAAAAAAAGUAAUAAAAUUUCAGGGCAUUCAGACGAUGCCAUGUUUUUAUUGAACAUUCAAAUGUUAAUUGAGAUGCAGGAAGGGAUCAACUUUGUUUAUAAGAUCAGAAACUUUGUUGCUUGGUUUAAGUCAUGGUGUUUUCUUUGUCCUUAUGGCCAACAUGGUCAGUGUUUCAAAUAUCAUUGUAACAUUAUGAAUUAAAAAAAACACACAGAUAAAGUCACAAAACCUUUAAUUUAGUAUUUCUGAAGCUGCCUUUCCAAGUAUGACUUUCAGAGUUACAUUAGUCACAUGUUUAAGGUGGUCAGAUGGUUGUUGUCUCUUUGCCUUGUCUCUCUGCUGUAUUAACCAGGUGACAGCGACAGAUCUUCCUGUAGUACAGAGUAAUUAUUGAUGAUCUAAUUAAAACAUUUUAGAGCUAAAAUGCACUCCAACCCUACUUAACUUUAACUGCUGUGUCCAAUCACUGCCGCACUUUAUACUCAAACAAAUCUUUAGGGAAAAAUUGUGAGAUAUGUAAUGCAGUUGCUGCUUUAAAAAUGCAGGGACUAAUGAUUUUGUAAUUUGCUGUUUGUCAAUUGUGAAAUAAAAUAAAGUUCAAUUUAAUUUG